AAUUAUAUAUAAAAAUGGUGGGAGCCAGCACAAGUUCAAUUUAAAUGAAUUAAUUUGUUUGCAUACGCAUUUAUCUAUGUAUAUUCAUAUAAAGAUAUACGUUUUUGAGUGUGUUAGUGUUUGUGAAUUUCAUUUUUCAUCUCGGACUGUGUAUUUCAAGUUAAGCUUUUACUUAUUGUGCACCAACAUAUGAGAGCUUAAAAGUACCUCGGCGAAUGAUCUAACAAAAUGAAAGCUAAAUAACUAAAUGCAUUCAAAUAUACAUAUGUAUUUAUAAUGUAAAUUGUGCUAAACCCCGACUGUGAAAUAGAAAUGUUACAAACCUAGUAUAACCACACGUAUAUAUGUACAUUAAUAUAUUGUCAAAUAUAUUUCCAUUACAUACAUACAUGUUUGGGUGUGAAUUAAAUAAUAUCAUGAAAAAGAAACUAAAAUGCAAAAUAAUUGUGUAUGUACUCUUACGUGCAUAUGUGUGUAUAUGCUACCUACUCUCAUGAAGUAUAUGAGUUCGCGUUUAGAUACAAAUCAAACAAGUUGGGCUGCAGCUCUCAUAAUACAUUCCUAUCAACGCGGGGUACAACUUCGGUUUAAGCAAUAAUUAUAAUUUGAUUCCGAUAUAUGAAAAACUUUCCAUAACCACCAUUAAAAGCAAAGUCUAGUUUUAACUAAUUAACUUUGAAGGAUAAUCAUUCUUGUUCGAUCAGCUCAAAAUGUGAAAGCUUCAAUGUUAUAGGUGCUCGAACCAUCUUAUUUUUAAUUCAAAAAGGAUUGGAGUGAAUAAAUUGGUAUCGAUUUAAUUAUUGCUACAGUUAAUUUAAAUCCAAUACCAAAAACUGAAAUAUAAUAAAUGAACGUCUUUGAUAAAUUGUGAUAAUGUACAAUCAGAAUCGCGAAUAUGCAAUUGAGUUGAUAGUAGCAGCGCUUUUGUUCACAUUAUUUAGCAUUAGCAAUGGCAGAAACUUAUUUAUUUCUCAGCGAAAUAAAAGCGGUAUAUUUGGUGAUGAAUAUGAACUUGCACAACAAAAAUCGAUACAUAUGGAAAUUAUUACUGUUCCUGAUGCUGACAUCGAUAGCAGGGAUCAUCAACGGUUACAACCGCGCAGUGUUAAACAUAGAUCUUUGACAUUGGAAAACGGGGCAGAAAUAUCGAUAUCAUCAACAAUAAAACCAUAUAAAAAUUCUAGUGAACUUAGCAACGAGAAAAAAAAUUCGAGAGAUAUAUUAAGCAUUGAUGGAGGGGACAUUUCGAGUAUCGGCGCAACAACAUAUAGACCAUCACGACUGUCUGUUUCAUCAAAUAUAUCGGCACAAGAGAGGGAGCGUAGGUUGAUGAUGGUUCUGGCCGCCCGUCGAAAUGCGUUACCUCGUGGAAGUGUCCGAACACGCCUUGGUACCACCGGACGAUAUGUAACCUCGGUGCCCCCAUCUAAAGCUCCAAGUGAUGUUCAAUCGGAUUGUUUAAAAAAUUGUACAAAGAACUUUACGCGUCGGACAACUGCUAGUUGCAUGCGAAAGUGCUCUAACUUUACCCGUACAAGUAAUGACACAAUUAUCAUUCACCAAUCAUCUCUAACCGGUUCAACUACGCAGACCUCUGAUCGAGACAACAACGAAAUACUCUUUACGGACGAAUCUUCACACGGAUUAUUUAUUGUUGCAAAGGGACAAAAUGACACUUCAAAUCAUAUACAAGAUAUGAUGAAAACUAUGAAAGUGCGGCCUAUAAAUAAGGAUUUAUCGUCCGUAAUUGUAACCUCCAGUUCUGUUGAGGAUGAUGAUAUCCAACCAUACUUAUACUUCGGGGAAAAACUUCCACCUAUUAAACCCGGCACAUUGACUAUUACUUCCGUUAGCGAAGAACUUCCAAAGCUUUUGGAGAUUUCUGCUAAUAAGUUAGGACCUACUACGCCUUUAUCAGUCGUUUCCUCCUCAACAUUAACGGCAGUUGAGCGGAGUCGAUCACGAUAUAAAUAUAGAGAUCGAGGAUAUAACAAUUCCAGACGUUCCCCUACACUUGUCAGUACACUAACAUCUAUGGAAGCUAAAAGGGGACCUUUUCCAAACACCACAUCUGUAGAAUCUUUCAUCAAGGAAAAUAAUGAACAGAAAGUGGAUCAAAAAGUUUUCUUACAAUUAACAAAAAUACCAUCAGUUUCUUCUUCUCCAUUAUUAAUAACAGUUUCGGAUGAGAACGAUGAAAUGACUAGGCCAGUUCAAACUACCACAGAGCUCGAUAAAAAUGUUGUAUCUGAUUCCACGACUAUUUUGUAUCCUACAACGUUUCGCGCCCAUUUAACCACACAUAUAAACAACACUACAAUGAAAACAUUUCUCACAAAUAAUCCGGUACCAGAUGAAUCAGUCUUAAAAAUCAAUUCCAUGACAUCUAGGAAAUUAUCAACAGUUUCAUCUACUGUUCGACCGAGAAUAGGUGUUGAAGCAGGCAUAAAAAAACCAAAUUAUCAGAAAGUAAGAGUAACACAAGAAAUAAGUAGUCACGAAAAAAUAGAAGCAACUACAAAUACUGCAAUUUCAAGAGUUAUUGUUGAAGAGGACAUUGAAAAGCUUAGAGCUCUUGGGCCGAGUCUCACACAAGAAAUAAAAAAUGAUGAAAAUAUUGUUAUUUUUCUUAAUCAGUCGUCUCGAGAUCGAUUAAAUGAGGAUAUUGAGAUCACCGACAAACCAAGCCCGAUAUUAAAAACAACGUUGUUGGAAUUAGAUCACUCCUAUGAGAAUCCCGUCACCGAAACUCCUUCCGUGGCAGUAGAAUCAUCUUCCUCUUUUUUAAAUGAAGAUAUUCAACCAUCUCUUGCAGGUGUUAUAGAAACCACACCAAUAGAAAAACAGACUCAACUUGAGCAAUCGAAUAUAAAUAGAGGAGAUAUUAAGUAUACUUUCGUCGCUAAUGAUAGCGAGGUUUCAUUAGAUAUGCGUCGUGUUAAUAUUGCCACCAUGGUACUGGCCGGAAUUGGAAUAAUACCUCUUUGUGCUCUUACCCUUUAUCUUGUGCGAUCAUAUCUAUUUCGCCGUAUUGUUAAAAAUGAGGAGGAUUUUGAUGUAUGCAUUGGUGACCAACAGCCUAUUAGCCCUGUAAAGCAACUUGAUUCAAAGUUCCAAAUCAAUAGUGAAAAGGAAGACUAUGAUAACGAACAUCGCAACGUUCAUACUCUACAUCAUAAUUCUACCCAUAAUAUGCCAAUGACCCUUACUAAAGUUACUUCUCGGGGAAAAAAUGAAGACAUCCGUUAUGAUGAACAAUGCUCAGUGACUAGUGAGCAAGAAUUCGAUCGUAGCAAUAUUCGCCUGAAGAGUCUACUAGGUGAAGGCAAUUUUGGUCAAGUGUGGAAAGCUGAAGCAGAUAAUCUUAGCGGCCACUUUGGCGCUACCCGUAUUGUUGCCGUUAAAACAAUUCGGAAAUACAGUCACCAGUCCAGUUUGAAAGAGGAAGCAGGUAUUAUGCGAAAAUUGGGUUCGCAUCAAAAUGUUGUGACUCUGCUUGGCGUCUGCUUAGAAAUUGAGCCACACAUGCUAAUUAUGGAGUAUGCGAUGCGGGGCCGAUUGUUGUCAUUGCUGCGUGCAGCGCGCAGUGCUGUAAACCUUUUACCAGCGUCUGUGCCUGGUGGUCGCAGUUCGACACCACUGUCACCACGAACGCUAGGUGGCUUUGCAUUGGACAUUGCUUGUGGAAUGGAAUACAUUGCCGAAAAAAAUAUUAUACAUCGUGAUCUUGCCGCACGCAACGUUCUUCUUGAUCAUAAUGGUGUUUGCAAAAUUUGUGAUUUCGGAAUGUCAAUUGAUUUGGACGACGAAUGUAAGCAGAAAGAUGCGGACCGAAGCAGUGUUAAUAAAAUUAUAAAUAGUAAUACUAAGAAUAAAUUAGAUUUCGGCAGUCGCUUCAUAAUACACCAUUGGAACAAUAACUUCAAUACAUGCCGAAUCUCACCGAAAGAUUCUAUUGAAAAAAAGUCCCAUGUUAAUGAUCAUAGUCAUGGACAUGUUCAUGACUCAAUAAGUCGUAGGCCUGCAUUGCCGAUACGUUGGAUGGCCCCAGAAGCAUUGCAAUAUCAUAUUUUUACGCAUGAGACUGAUGUAUGGGCCUUUGGUAUAGUGCUGUGGGAAAUUUCUACUUUGGGUUCUACGCCAUAUGCCAAUCUAUCAGGUCGCGAAGUUAUACGACGAGUUCCAAAUGGCCUUAGGCCCGAGCUACCAAAGGAGGCGCGACUUGAAUUUUAUAACUUAAUGACUCGUUGUUGGCAUAAGGAUUCUCAUUUAAGACCUUCAUUCUCUUACGCGAGACAAGAAAUAUCUCGUUCUCUCCACAAAUGGGUUGAGGACGACUCAGCCGAAUCGGAAUAUAUGGAUGUUAGUGGAUUUAGUGAAGAUCUAGAACAUGGCAUGGUUUAUUUCAAUCAACGAAUAUCCGAGUUUGAAUGCGAAAUAUGACCAUGACUAAAAUUUACCCCUUUCAACAUAUCUUUCAAUAAUUUUCCUAUACGUAUAUGUUUAUUAUAAAUUUUAAAUGAAAGACCAAGUGCCUAUGACAUUAUUUAUUAUGUUCAUAAUUUUAUCGUAAAUUUAUCAAAAUUAUUACCUGAUAUCUACAAGUGCUAGCAACAGUAUUAUUUAAAUAUAAUAUCCAUUUACAUGCAAUUAAAGGCCAAAGUCUAAAGUGGUUAAAUUGCUAUAUGCAUAUCUUCGAUAUAUAUAUGUAAAUACAUAGUAUAACAUAGUUUAAUUUUAUCAAUGUACUUAAAAACAUAACAAAUCAGCACAAUGUACAUAUAUUAUAAAGUUUUUAUAUUCUCAUUGACGUAUAAACGAUACUCGUAGUCUCGACCACAUUUAAUUGUAUAUAAACAUGCACAUGCAUAUGUAUCAAUAUAAGAUCAUUCAAUUAGAUUCCCUUCUAGUCUAUUUCAAAUUAUGAAUUGGGAUAUCAAAACUAAUUAUAAAGGAAAAUAUACCGCAGAAAUAUCUAUAGUAGUUUCUAUUCUAUGUAUAAAAUCUAUCUUAUUACACAAAAUGUUUUUAACAUCUAAGAACAUAAACCUUGCUAACAAAUUGAAAUAUUAAUAAACAAAAUAAAAAAUAAAUAAAAAAUUGCUGUUUUCAUAUAUGUAUGUAUGUAUGUAUAUAAAUUCUUAAAAAACAACUUUAAAUUUAUAUUACCUUAUGGUAAUUAUUUAAACAUUUGAAAUCUACGUACAUAGUUAUAUAACAAGUAAGGAAAGGUUAGGUUCGGGUGCAACCGAACAUUUUAUACUCUCGCAAUUUAUUGAUGCAAUUUUAUAAAGAUAACACAAUUUGACACAUAUAUUCGGCAUAACGCUCCAAUAGAAUAACGAAAAUCAUCAAACGUAAUUCCUGAACCGAUUUUACUCAUUUUCACCAACAAGAUAAAAUAUAUUGAAGACUAUACACUCACUUAAUUUUGCUAAGAUAUAUGGCAUAUUAAACGAUUUAUAAGCCCAUCGUAUUCUUGGAAAACCUAUAAUUAGGAAUAUGGGAUCUAGGAAAAGUUAUGACCCGAUUUUUACCAUUUUUGGUACAAAGACAAACUAUUAUAAGAAAAAGAUUAUCUCAAAAUUACAUUAAAAUAUCUUAGAGAUUUACUUAAAUCUUUAGUGAAAAAUUACCCUAUUUACUGAGUUCUUCAUGUUUGCUGAGCGCAGCUUCAUUCUGCCAUUUCUUCUUUUAAAAAUUUUAAAUCACUUUUAGUAAUUUUCAACCUAACCUUUGUAUGGGAGGUGGGCGUGGUUAUUAUCCGAUUUCAUUACAAUACAGUUCAUUUUUGGACUGUAUUAAGAAGUAGCUAAAAGAAACAAAUACAAAAACCGUAUUUGGGGGCGGGGUUACGCCCAUUUCCCCAGAAAAAUUACACCCAAAUAUGCAUCUCCCUAAUGUUUACUUUCAUAAAUUUAUUUUUGGCUUAGUUAUGACGCUUUAUAGGUUUUCGGUUUUCGACGUUUUGUGGGCGUGGCAAUGGUCCGAUUUCGUCCAUUUUCAAUACCAACCUCCUCAGGGUACCAAGGAAUAUGUGUUCCAAGUUUCAUUAAGAUAUCUCAAUUUUUACUCAAAUUAUCGCUUGCACGGACUAACGGACAGACAGACGGACGGACAGACAUCCGGAUUGCAACUUCACUCGUCAUCCUGAUGAUGAGUUGGUGUUCGUUAGUCUCGCUAAAAUUCGGGAAAAGCUGAACAGAUUUUUCUUAUCUUGGUCUUGAAAUGAUCUUGGGAAUCUAGAGAAAGUUUUAAAGGUGAGGAUAAUUGCCGGAAAAACCCUAAAAACAGCCUCUUUCUUUCCCCAUACAAACGUUUUCUAAAUAAUAUGUAUGUACCUACAUAUAAAUGAUUUGUUGUUCGUUAGUCUCGCUAAAAGACGAGAAUAGCAGAACAGUAAGCAAAUAUGGAAAUAUUGCUAGAAAGAUAAGAAAAUUGUAUUAACAUAAUAACAAUAUUUUGAAUUUUGUCAUUGCUGCUUUGUUAAGAAAUUUUUUGUAUUAUUGAAAUAUUUUGAUAAUUGUAAUUGAUUUGAAUCAUGAUUCAAUUAUAUAAGGGGUGUCGAUAACCGAAAAAAAAAAACAAUGUGAAAAGUAUUUCAAUUCAUAAUGUAAAAAUCGGUAAUUUUGGUUGGAUUAUUUUAUAUGUAUUUACAUAUCGAUGGCUUAUGCCCGGUUUCACAGUCAGUGCUUAGGUUGUGCUUAAGAUAAAACAGAAAUAUUGCGUUUUACAGUUCAUACUUAAGUUCUGCUUAAGUACUGAAAAUGGGAGACUUAAGCAGUGCUUAAGUAACAGCUGAUUUUUGUUUUGAAUAUUGACUUAUUUGUCAAAAAAAUAAAAUAAAAAUUAUUUGCUGAAAAAAUUUUUGGAAUUUCUUGCACUCAAUGACGGUUAUAUGCUUUCCUGCGAGUUGCAAUAGGUGCCCCCACUCGCUUGCGGUGAAAUUCGGCGUCCUUUUAUUGUUUCCAUCCAUUUCCCAGAUUCUAAAUUUAUUCGUCGCAAAGUUAUUUUUCAUCAACAAUAAUUUAAAUUUGUCAGAUGGUAUUUGUAAACAAAUGUUUAUCAUUGUACUGCCAUAUGUCGUAAUAGAAUUUUAUAGAAAAUAAGCAUCGCAAAUGACUACUCAGUCAACAACAAUGCUUAGCUAAGAUUUUAUUUGGGCACUACACUUUUCGUAGAUACGCCUUUUCUAUAUUAAGCCAACGAUAUACAUAUAUAAACGCAAAAUGGAAUUAUAUGAAACAAGAAAAAACUCUGGUGAAAUUUAUGUUCUCGAAUAUCGGCCAUACCGGUAUAUUACACAUUUUGAUUGAUAUAAUAAGGAUGUAUAUUUCUUAUUAUAAUUUCUAAACGUGUUGGCUAAUAAAUUAAAAUUAAUAUGGACCAUGGCAUUGUAAAAGAUUGUAAGUGAAAUAUCUCAAUCCAUAAACUCCACCUAAAAGCCAAACUUAACAUACUAUAUUAUUUUUAUUUAUAUGUAUGUAUAUAUACGUAUGUAUAUUAGAUUGGCAAGACGAGUAUACAGAAUGUAUUUUAAUGAAGCGGCAGCAAUAAGCACAAUCACUGACAUCUGGGAGUUGGAAGCCAAAAUAGUAGUGAGCGUACAUCAAUAUAGUCAGUUGCAAACAUGACUUUAACGCGAUAUGACCGGUAUUUGGAAAGCGCACAAGCAAACUUUUAGUGAAAUAUUAAACCGGUUUUUUUAGUAUUAAGUGUAGAGUGUAAAUAAUUAUAUUUAAUGAAAUAAAAAGCAAGAAAAUAAUUUAACGAACUA